AUGGCUGUGCUCAACCUCUCGAAGUUCCUAACACUCCCCACUUCACUCUAUCCCCAGAUGCAGAAGAGCAGGACGGUGAAGUGGGAGAACCAGAGCAGCAUGUCGGAAUUCCUCCUCCUGGGGCUCCCCAUCCGGCCAGAGCAGCAGACCAUGUUCUUUGCCUUGUUCCUGGGCAUGUACCUCACCACAGUGCUGGGGAACCUGCUCAUCAUCCUGCUCAUCAGGCUGGACUCUCGUCUGCACACCCCCAUGUACUUCUUCCUCAGCCACUUGGCCCUCACGGAUGUCUCCUUUUCAUCUGUCACUGUCCCAAAGAUGCUGCUGAACAUGCAGACUCAACACCUCUCCAUCUCCUAUCCGGAGUGCAUUUCCCAGGUGUAUUUUUAUUUCCUUUUUGGUUGUGUUGAUAACCUCCUUCUCGCAGUGAUGGCAUAUGACAGGUAUGUGGCCAUCUGUCACCCUCUACACUACAGCAUCAUCAUGAGAAAAGAGCGCUGUGUCCUGCUGGUGGCUGGCUCCUGGCUAACUUCCUGUGGCAGUGCCCUUUUGCAUACCCUCCUCUUGGCGAGACUAUGGUUCUGUGCUGACCACAGAAUUCCCCACUUUUUCUGUAGUCUCACCAUCCUGCUCAAGCUUUCCUGCUCAAGCACGUCCCUCAAUGAGCUGGCCGUAUUCACCGAAGGAGCGAUGACUGUCAUCUUUCCGUUGACUGGCAUCCUGGUCUCUUACGGCCGCAUUGGCGCCUCUAUCUUGAAGAUCCCUUCUACCAAAGGUAUCUGCAAAGCGUGGUCUACCUGUGGCUCUCACCUCUCAGUGGUGUCUUUGUUUUAUGGAACCAUUGUGGCACUGUACUUUUUCCCAUCUUCAAGCAACUCCAAUGAGAAAGACAUGAUUGCCUCCCUAAUGUAUACAGUAGUUACCCCCCUGUUGAAUCCUUUCAUUUAUAGCCUCCGAAAUAGAGACAUCAAAUUGGCUCUGGGGAUGCUUUUCAGAGGUGUUGUCUGUUUCUCCAAGUGA